AAUUACUUAUUCUCUGUAUGCAGAAUACACUUUUAACUUCUAUAUAUUCACCAUCUUAACCACUUCUUCAUUUCUAGCAGCCAAUUUUAAGUAAUGUCUUCAAUACCACCACAAAGAAACACAUACUCAAACGUGAUUGAGAUGGAGAUGUCUGAGAAUGAGGAAGUAAGGAUUGAAAUCCCUGAUAAUAAUUCAACCGACAACGCUAUCGUGGUCAGGGAAUGGGAAGGCUGCCUUAAAGGCAAUGCGGUCACUAAACGCUCCCAACGACGUAUUGAAAGAGUGCCCCCGUUGAUCUUCAAAUGCGAGAAAGGUAAAAGAAACCAAGAGUGUUACGAGCCUGCAGUGGUUUCACUUGGCCCAUACCACCAUAACCAAACCGAACUGGCCCAAGCCGAGAAGUACAAACUCAUAACCCUUGAAGAGUUUCGCUUGAGCUGCACGAAAAUUACCAUGGGUGACUUAUACAACAAGGUGUUUGAAGUGGUUGAAGAGGCCAGAAACUGCUAUAUCGAUGGUUCCACAGAUGGUUACACCGAUGAGGAGUUUGCUCGAAUGAUGUUACGUGACGCUUGCUUUGUUUUAUUCUUCAUAGAGUGCAUAUCAUGUGCAAAGAAUAAGGUGUUGCUAAAUAACGAGUAUUUGGGCGCGUUAGGGUUCGCAAAUGUAGUUCGUGACAUCUUCUUGCUAGAGAACCAGAUCCCGUUUGUGGUACUCAAAGUUUUGUUAGAGUUGAGAUUCCCCGCCGAUAAUAAAGGCGGCGAAGAUAUUCUAAAUAGGUUCUUUAACUACUUGAACUAUGGUGAGGUGAUCACCGGGGGCGAAAAGGUUCUCGAUCACAAGCAACCACUACAUCUUCUCGAGCUUUACAGGUCUUAUUUCAUCUCGCUUAAAGUUUCUCUUGGUCUCGGUUCCACUCAUUCUAGCAAGUGGCCGCGAAAGUGGAAAAAAGUGACCGAAUCAAGUGAAGACUAUAACUACGUAAAACGAAAUCGUUCGUUUGCGUCAGUAACGGAACUCAAAGCGAAAGGGAUUUUCUUAAAACGUAUUUGCAACGAGUCUUCGAAUGAAGACAUAAAGUUUCUGUCACAUUUUUGCUACGGCGAGCUAGAGCUUGUACGUAGAGCAGUGUCCUCGAAUACAAAAGCUAUCUACUUAAACAUGAUCGCCUAUGAGAUGUGCGCGCAUAACCCCAAUGACUUUAGAGUCUCAACUUACAUUCGAGUAAUGAAAUCUUUGGUUAUCCAGCGCGAUGAUGUGAAAGAGUUACGAAACCAUAACAUACUGCUUCAUAGUCUUGGUCGUGAUGAAGAAGUGGUGAAGAUGUAUGAUGAGAUUGAUGUACCCGCGGUUAAUCUUUACAUGUUUAAUCAGCUCCGGAAAGAGAUCGAGCAUCACUGCAGUAGCAAGUAUAAGACGUGGGCCGCAGAGCUAAUAACCGGGUACUUUAGUAGUCCAUGGAAGACGGUUGCUUUGUUGGUCGCUUCGGCUAUUUUGUUUACUAGUUUUCUGCAGACUUACUUCACCAUCAGGCCGCUUCCGGAUGACUCGAAUGCGGAUAUGAUUAAGCUUCUUAGACACUGUGUAUACUCUAAGCAACCACCCACAAAACUUGCUUGAUUUUAAAAUUAUAAAGAUAACUGCAGCUGGAAAUCGAGUAUAUACGCACAACAGUUUCAUAUUGAUGAAGUCGAUAG